CUUUCCCGGAUUUGCUAUAGUGAAACCCUCUCAUUGAUCGUUAUGGAAGAAGACAUAACGCUCCACCAACCAGUCGGCCCCUCUACGUCACUAAAACUCCCGCACCGUUAUGUCAUUUGCAUAGGGAGUGGUCUAUAAAUCCGAGCCCAACCUCUGCAGUGGUCUUGGUCGGCCAAGACAAGUUGCGGGGCGUCGUUGCGCACGAGUUGUGAAAAAAGUAAAAACGAGCGUUGAUUUCGAGAAGACAGUUAUAAUAAACUAAAGGAUUACAAACAUGAGCCGAACAACCACCUCUUCUUAUAAAAGGAUGUUCGGUGGCGAGCGACCAGGGAUGGCUCGGUCCACUUAUUCCAGUCGCCAGUACAGCAGCCCGGUGCGCACAACAACAUCCCGGGUGUCCUACAGCUCGUCUUCCGCGCCUCAGUACAUGUCCAAGGGCGCAAGGGUGCGCAGCAGCGCGCCUCUGCCCAGGUUGUCCACCGAUACUUUGGAUUUCGGGCUCGCUGAUGCCAUCAACAACGAGUUUAGAGCCAACCGAACCAAUGAGAAGGCUGAGAUGCAACAUCUUAAUGACAGAUUCGCCAGUUACAUAGAUAAAGUGAGAUUCCUGGAGCAGCAGAACAAGAUCUUGAUCGCGGAGCUGGAUCAGAUGAAAGGGAAAGGCACGUCCCGGAUCGGGGAUCUGUACGAGGAUGAGAUGAGAGAAUUGCGACAGCAAGUGGACCAGCUCACCAACGAGAAGACCAGAGUCGAAUUGGACCGGGACAAUCUGGGAGAGGACAUAGAGCGCCUCAAAGAAAAACUUCAAGAAGAGAUGCUUCAGAAGGAGGAUGCUGAGAACAGCCUAAGGAGUUUCAGACAGGAUGUUGAUAAUGCCUCCCUUGCUCGUCUGGACUUGGAGAGAAAAGUGGAGUCCUUGCAAGAGGAGAUUGCUUUCUUGAAGAAGCUUCAUGAUGAGGAACUUGCAGAUUUGCAAAUUCAGAUCCAGGAGCAACAUGUGCAGAUUGAUAUGGAAGUGGCCAAACCUGACCUCACUGCGGCCCUGAAAGACGUUCGCCAACAAUACGAGACUCUGGCCGCCAGGAAUGUCCAGGAAUCUGAGGAAUGGUACAAAUCCAAGUUUACUGACCUGUCAGAAGCUGCUGCUCGUAACACCGAUGCAAUUCGUCUGGCCAAGCAGGAAGCCAAUGACUACCGGCGUCAGCUUCAAUCACUCACCUGUGACUUAGAAGCUCUCAAAGGAACGAAUGAGUCCAUGGAGCGUCAGAUGAGAGAGAUGGAGGAGAACUUUUCCAUCGAAGCAUCUGGUUAUCAAGACACCAUAAUGCGCCUAGAGGACGACAUCCGUAACAUGAAGGAUGAGAUGGCACGUCAUCUACGUGAAUACCAGGAUCUGUUGAAUGUUAAGAUGGCUUUGGAUAUUGAGAUUGCCACCUACAGGAAGUUGCUGGAGGGAGAAGAAAGCAGGAUCACCACACCCUUUCCCAACUUCGCAUCAUUAAACAUACGAGAGUCCAUGAAGGAAACCAGACCUUUGAUUGACAACCUGUCUAAGAAGGUGGUGAUAAAGACCAUUGAGACAAAAGAUGGACAUAUAGUUAAUGAGUCCACCCAAAAUCAAGAUGAUCAGGAAUGAACUGGAUGUGAACCUGUGACCAGUAGGGGCACUGGAAAGCUGAAGAAGGCGGCACUGGAAUAGAACAAGAAAUUAAUUUCUGUUUUUUCUGUUAAAAGUAAAAAAAAAACAGCUUUAAAGUGCCUUUUUUGCAUUGCCACACUAGAGAGGUAUGUUAAAUAGAUCUGUUUUAGAGCUGAAAAGACAAUGUAGGCCACUUAGUAAACCAACUAUAUUCUGGUUUAUGUUUACCACAAUGUCUGUAGUUUACACUGUUGAAGACCACAGCGAUACUGCUAACUUUUUCUGUUUUGUAUAAUCAUUGAUGUUGACCAAAAACUUGAUGAACUUCUGUCUCUUGCACCAGAAGAUGACCAAAAUGUCAACAAAUUUCUACAAGUUCAAUAAACCUUUUCAAAAUGAAUGAGAUGAGAGCAUCUUGAUAACACUGAGCAGUAUAUUAUUUCAGCUAUUUUAUUUUUAAAAUCAUAUUUGCAUUUAUCCAUUUAGCAAAAGCUUUUAUUGAAAGUGACCAACAAACUGGGAAAAGCUGAUUCUGAUUUCUCCCCUUGUUGUGAAAGGCGCAUUUUCUUGCCAUGUUUUUCUGGACAUUUUUCCCAAAACAGCAUUCCAGACAAAAAAAAAAAAAAGAAAUCCUUUUGCACAAACCCUUCCACGUCAUAAAAAUAAACGGAUUACCAGGAUCUUUUCUAAAAGUGAGCAGCAUAACAACAUGUUUUAUGGUUCAAUUAAAGGUGGAACACAACAAUAAACCUAAUGAGGUUACCCUUA